AUGAUUGUUCUUACAGGUUCUACCGGCGGGAUAGGCCGCACCGCUCUCCAGACGCUCCUCUCAGAGAAGCUGGUUCCGGUCUCAGAGCUGCGCAUUUCGUCCUACAAUACGGCUGCCAUCCCGGCCGCCGUCCGUGAAACCGGGAUUGAGAUCCGCAAGGGUAACCUGUACGAGCCGUCGACGCUGGUGGAGUCGUACUCCGGCGCGGAGGUGUUGUUCUUGGUGUCGUUCCCUUCCAUGGGCGAGGAACGCUACAAGCUGCACCGCAAUGCUAUCGACGCCGCCAAGGCCGCAGGCGUUCGCCACAUCAUCUACACCUCGCUCUCAUUCUGUGGUGGAGCUGAAGGCAACACCAGCGUCGCGCAGGUCGCGCAGGCCCACCUCCGGACCGAACGCUACCUAAAGGAUAGCGGGAUGACCUACACGAUCCUUCGGAUGCCGUCCUACGCGCACCUAUGGAACAACUAUGCCGGGUUUCUGAAUCUGGAUGUUGCUCCCGACGUCGUUCAGGAAGCUGUGCUGCCCAAUGACGGCCUUGAGCACUGGGCGAACAGGGCUGAGCUGGGCGAGGCCACCGCGAGGGUCAUCGCGAACUGGCAAAACUACAUCAACAAAACCCUCAAUUUUACUGGUCCCGAGCUCUUGACUGGGGUCGAUAUCAUCAACAAGUACAUGAAGCAUACCGGCAGGAAGGUCAACGUUCGCAUCUUGCCUGUCGAAGAGGCCAUCGCUUGGCACAUCAAGAAAGGGAGUGUGCCACCGGAGCAAGCUAGCUUCCUUGACAAUUGGGCGAGCUGGCACACUGCCAUUUCGCUUGGUGAAAAGGCCUUCCUUGAUCCUACCUUGGAACAGCUGCUAGGCCGGAAGCCCAAGACGAUUGAUGACCAGGCUGAUGAGAUUUUCUCAGCAUCAAAUAGCCUCGACACUAAGGACCUGGUGGGAAUUUAA